AUGGAGUGUAGUAUGACCUUUGACAAGUCCACGGACAUCAGUUUCCUCAACUACAAAAUCAAGAAAUUUGACAGGAUGAUGGGUGCCAUGACCAGAACAGGAGAGGCACUGAGCAAGGCCAAAAUCAAACAAGGUCAUAGGUUUGAGACUUUGGCUCAAGCUAUCAGGCAGGUGUUCUCAAGGAAAGAUAAAAAAAAAAAAUUGAAAGAUAAGGUCUCUGACAUUUCUGAGGGCUGUGAUAUAGAGGGCAGAGCUUCCAAACAUAGAACUGAGAAGACAGCCUCUCAGCUUCUGGGUCUGAUUGUAUUUGAUAGAGCCAACGGGCUCCCCGAAAGAAGCAACACACGUUUGUGCUCCAGUGUCCUUAGCAGCUGGGAAGGAAUCAUGAAGAGGCAGCUGAGAACAUCCCUGAUGCUCCUAUGGAUGCAGCUUUUCUGGGCAAGAGGGCAGAUAAAGGUGGACCAGAGUCCUGAGAUCCUGAUCCUCCCGGAAGGAGCCAACGUCUCGCUGCAAUGCAAAUGGUCCAGUGCUGUGAAUAACUUGCAGUGGUUCAAACAGAAUCCUGGGGAAGGCCCCGUCUCCCUGUUUUUCAUGGCUUCAGGGAUGAAGCAGAUAGGAAGAUUCAGCUCCAAGAUGAACUCGAAGGACCGUCACAGCUCUCUGCACAUCACUGACUCCCAGAGGGGAGACUCAGCCACCUAUCUCUGUGCGGUAGAGACACAGUGCUCCUCAGGCACCUGCAGGCUGUGCACAAACACUGUGGCCCAGGCUCCAAAUACAGUCCUGCCACGGGACACAUAAUUCAAUUUAAUCCAUAAAACUGAGCACCUACUACACACACGAUUAUGUGGCACCAAGGAAGCGUUUCACAGAUUUCUUUCCUCAUAAAUACUAGUAGCUAUUACACAGGAUAAGCUCCUAUUUAUAUGGCAUUUUAAGGUUUAUAAAGAUCUUCCUUCACAUGUCUCUUGAAAGCAGAUGUUAUCAG